AUGUGUCCUUUAGUCGACCCCUUUCGAUUAUUUUUGGGCAUUGUGUACGGGAAGGUAUUUUUGAUGGUCUCGGUAAAACGUGACCGCGAGUGCUGGCUCGACAGGACACGGGACAACUCAGACUCACUUCCGGUUCUAUUUGGUUGCUGCGAACAAGCUUCCGUUAGUGUUUGUGGAAAAGCGGACGGGCAUCCUGAAUCCAAGUUGUUGUACGUUGUCUGCUGUCUGUUGUACAAAGCAGCUCAUUGCGUGAACGGUGGCGGGAGUCGCCCCGGACCCGGGGGGACCGUUCCGACGAGCGGAGCGACCGGAGGUACCAACGUAAACGGACUGGUAGGAGACCUAGGCGUGUUAGCUCCGCAAAGAGCGAACUACGUCGGAGCGGGUGUCGGGGGGGUUGGUAGCGUUCGUACCGUAGGAAACGCGGGAAGCCCCAGACGGGGAGCUGCUCAAGAAGGUGGAGUACCUCUAUCUGCUGGACACCAUCACCAGGGUUCCGGGAGAAACUAUCGGCACAAACUAUCGGCGGGCUGCGGUGAGGUCCGUCAUUCUCAUCACCAUCAUCGGCACCACCCACACUAUCGCGCCCACCAUAGGGGCAUGACCAUGGGCCAAAAGUUAUCAGGCGGCGUGAAGAGCGUGACGCGGGAAAGUGGAGCCGGAACAGGCGGCGGCGUCGGUAUCGGGGGCGGUGGUGCAGUAGCGUACAAGCCCGUGGUACCACGAGAGAUAGCUCAAGAUUUUUCCCGACCUACUAGACUCGAUGUCUUACUUGAUAUGCCUCCAGCGAGCAAAGACACACAAAUUCAUCAUGGAUGGAACGGAGAAGAUAGAAGCCUCAAUAUUUUUGUCAAAGAUGACGACAAAUUGACGUUCCAUCGACACCCAGUUGCCCAAAGCACAGACUGCAUACGAGGGAAGGUAGGAUACACGAAAGGGAUGCACGUCUGGGAGGUCCACUGGAGUACGAGACAACGAGGCACUCACGCGGUGGUGGGUGUCGCGACUGCCGAUGCGCCGCUACACAGCGUAGGAUACCAGAGCCUAGUCGGCAACAACGCGCUCAGUUGGGGUUGGGACCUCACGAGAAAUAGAUUAUAUCAUGAUUCUAAAAACUCACAGGGUGAAGUAUAUCCCUCGCUGCUCAAGCCCGAUGAAACUUUUGUUGUUCCAGAUAAAUUUCUGGUUGUCUUAGACAUGGACGAAGGAACCCUAGCCUUCGUAGUGGACGGUCAGUAUCUAGGAGUAGCAUUUCGUAAUUUAAAAGGUCGCAAGCUUCACCCGAUAGUCUCAGCAGUAUGGGGUCACUGCGAGAUCACAAUGAAGUACAUCGGUGGUUUAGAUCCCGAGCCAUUGCCGCUAAUGGACCUGUGCCGACGAGUGAUCAGGCAGCGUGUGGGCAAGCACCGCCUGGAGAAGAUCCAAGAGCUGAAUCUCCCGCAAGCUAUGAAAACUUAUCUCCUGUACCGCGACAGGAGGUAA